AUGACUGAGUUUCAGAGGUCUGUAACAUCAUUUAGAAGACAAGGAUCUUCAGGGUUGGUGUGGGAUGACAAGUUCAUCACAGGCCUUGAGAACCAGAAUCAGAGCCAACAAGGUCAAAGGGAGCCUCAGGAUGUCGAAUCAAGUGCCAGGUUGGAGAGGAGCAGAUCAGAUGGAGCACGCCCUUAUCGGACGGUCAACGUUGCACCGGCAUCCAUAGACCCACCUUCUCCUAAGCUAGCAACCUGUGGCUUUUGUUCUGUCUUUCGGAAACCAAGUCCUGCAAAAUCCACCAAAGCUAAAAGACGUAGGUGA